ACCCCCUGUGACCGGUGACCUGGGCCGGGCCGGGAUGGCCACCGCUACCCCGCCGCCUGUGCCACUGGUGCUCGUCGCCCUCUCCUGUCUGCCCCACUUGGCAGAGGCGGCGAGCGACACGACAGGGGUGCUGACGGUAGUCGCGAUCGUGUUGGGGUGCUCCGUGGUCGCCGGAGGCCUGGCCGUCAUCGGAUGGUACUGUUGGAAACAAAACAGGAGAGAGCCCUCCGUGCAGCCCAAGCCCAAGCCGCCGCCGCCUCCCAAACCAGCCAACUCGCCACUACCACCUGCCAACCCGCCAAUGAUGCUGGUCGCGCAGUCACCGAUGCCAGGAAUGCAGGGAUUCAUGAUACCCGCAGGAGGUAUGAUGAUGGGGUACCCGGCGGGGAUGUCGCCGUCGCCCGGUACCGCCUUGUACCAGGUACCCGUACAGCAGCAACCAUCGCCGGCUCCCCCCGACAACACAUCAGUUGAGGACCUGGAGGGCAAUAACGCCGGCAAGUAGACACUGGCGCGCAUCGGUGACCACUCGGGGAUGAGCCUCGCGGAGGCAUAAGGGCAGGUCAGACCGGAAAACAGGCGACUGUUGAGGAGCUUCGGUGAAAAUCGGCAAGUGUCUUAGUGUGAAAAGUGAUUGGCAAUAUCCUGGUGCGGUGGCUACAUAAAAGAGGAAAUUGCA